GCUCAACCCAACCUCUGCACAUCAUCACCUUCGAGCUGCCUUUCGCGUUGACAUUGGAGUGAGGCAAGCGGCAUCGCUUCUACAUUUCCAACAUGGGACAACCGGUGGUGCAGACGAUCCAUAGGGAUCCCGCACUCUUUUAUUGGAUACUGCUGCCCAUCACGGUGGUUAUGGUCUUGACUGGUCUCCUCCGCCACUACUUCAUGACUCUCCUCCAAACUGCGCCGAAGAAGCAAACCCUCCCACAAAUCCGCCAGCAACGCUCCCUCGUUCGCGGCAUCAAUCUCCGCACAAACGCCAAUGUGCUCUCGCCAUCGUCCUUCCAGGCUCGAAAGGCCUACAUGGUGUCGGCAUAUCAAGAGGGGAAAUUCCUAGCGGACCCGGACUCGAGGGGCAAACCUAGACCGAACCCCAUGUCGGACCCAGCCAUGAUGGAGGGCAUGAUGGGCAUGAUGAAGGGCAACAUGGCCAUGAUGGUGCCGCAGACGUUGAUUAUGGGGUGGAUCAACGCGUUCUUUUCGGGAUUCGUCAUAAUGAAGCUGCCGUUCCCGUUGACGCCACAGUUCAAAUCGAUGCUGCAAUCCGGCGUUGGAACGCGUGAUCUGGACGUGCGGUGGGUGUCCAGCUUGUCUUGGUAUUUCUUGACUCUGUUCGGGCUGCAGCCCGUCUACAACUUCAUCCUCGGGAGCAAUAACGCUGCAAGCCAAGUCACGCAACAGAUGGGUCAGGUCAAUCCGGGCGCGGGGAUGAUGGGCCCAGAGCAGGACCCAGACAAGCUCUUUCUGAGCGAAGCCGAAAAUCUGGAAGUGAUUGAGCACCAGUGGAUUCUAGAGGGGGUCGAGGACCGACUCCUUGCGAAAAUGGCCGUCUAGGGAGCAAGGGAAGCGAGGUCUCGAAGGGGGUGCAGCACCACGUCUUCAGGAAUGAAUCGGGGACAUGGAACGCCCAGAACGGAACGCAAGCGACGUGCCACAGAGGAGGCCGUGCAAGCCGUGGUCAAGCGUUCAUCCCACGUCGAUGGAGAGAGCAUGUCAGGGAGUCAGAAAGUGCAGCCACAGAGGUGCCUGGAGGAGGCGUCGGCCGCGAUAGCC